AUGUUAGGAGAAUUUCUGAAGCUCAAAGGGUUUGGGAGCCUGAGUAGCAUUCCUCGCAGCUUCGGCUUCCGCAAAGGCUCCGUAGCCCCCCGACUCGCCGAGACCCACGCCGGGGGGUCGCUCUCCUCCAAGGGCUUCCUGACCUUCAGCUUCGAGAUUACCCAAGACGACUUGGGGGCUGGGCCCAAAAGCCCGUCACAUUAUGCCUGCUCCAGCCACAUGUUCACCCACAUGGGCACCAUGCCCAGGAGCAGCACAAGACAGAAGGUUGAGAGCCGUGGGGCAGAGAAGGCCUCGGGGCCAACGUUGCCGAAGGCCACGGAACUUGGAGACGUGGCAAGGGUACUUGCUCCGCAGGCAGGUUCUCCAGGAGAAGGAGCAGAACCCAACAAGAAAGAGAGAUCGUCUUCUAUAGUCAACGUCGGUCCAGAAGUGAUGGUCCAAGCUGAGAAGUCCUCCCAGCGUUGCCUUGAACCUGGAGAGAUCUCCAGCCCAGGAACAAAGGAGAAACCGAAGCAGGUAGAACAGAAGUGUCUUCAAGGAACAAGUAGACCCCUUGAAAGGGCUCAGGAUGACCUAGAAGUCUUCCCCCUAAGUCCAUCUCACUAUGCCCAGUCUUGUGACACUUACAGCCACCUGGGCACCAUGCCGAGGGCCCGUGCUGGGCAGUCCAAGAAGUCCACCAAAGAGAAGCAGCCUCAACAAGACCCCCAGCGAGAUCUGGCCACGGAAGCAAUCCUGCCCCGAGGAAACCGCCACGGAGGCCACAGAUUCUCCAAGGAGAAGUACAUCCUUGACUCCUCACCGGAGAAGCUUCACAAGGAGUUGGAAGAGGAGUUGAAGCUCAGCAGUUCCGACCUCAGGAGUCACGCCUGGUAUCAUGGCCGUAUCCCCCGGGAGGUUUCAGAAAGCUUGGUGCAAAGGAACGGGGAUUUUUUAAUCCGCGACUCGCUCACCAGCCUGGGUGAUUAUGUGUUGACUUGCCGCUGGCGGAACGAACCCCUCCACUUCAAGAUCAACAAAGUGAUGGUGAAAUCGGGCGAAGGGCGCACCCACAUCCAGUACCUCUUCGAGCAGGAGAGUUUCGACAACGUCCCGGCCUUGGUGCGCUUCUACGUAGGGAACCGUAAGCCCAUCUCGGAACAGAGCAAUGCCAUCUUCUACUGCCCCAUCAACCGCACCUUCCCGCUGCGCUACCUGGAGGCCAGCUACGGACUCGCCAACGGGAAGCACAGCGGCUCCCACAGCCACUCAGGCCACAAAGGCGGGCACAUCAAAAGGAGGAGCAUCACCAUGACGGACGGGCUGACCGCCGACAAGAUCACAAGGAGCGACGGAUGUCCUACCAGUGUCUCCUUGCCGCAUCACCGGGACAUCAUUCGGAACUGCGCCGUCAGCGUGGAUCAAAUACAAGACCUCCACUCCCCGAUGUCACCCAUCGCUGAGACCCCAGCCACUCCAGCUUAUAGCACUGUUACUCGUCUCAAACCACAAGGUGGCAACGGUGCCGCCCCAUCGUCCCCGGUCAUCCGACGCUCCAGCGAGCCGCAGCUAUGCCAGGGGAACGGCAGUAAGAGUGAGCUGUCCGACAGCCCCCACUCAACCCCUUCCCACGGAUGCUCCAGGGCCUCCCCUUCUCCGUCUGCCAGCAGCUACAGCGACCCAGAUUCAGGACAUUAUUGCCAGCUUCACCCGCCAUCCCCGGUCCAUUGGGACAGGCCGACGCCCGAGAACAACAAGGGGAUGCCAACCAAAAGCUACGUGGAGAGGCUAAAGGGGGACGAAUGCCAGCGAGGGUUUGUCCUGAACGGCUCUGAAGGAGAAGCAGGGUCCAGAAAGAGGCUGGAGCAGGACAUGAUGGGUUUUGUGGUCCCGGUGGUGGAAAGGACAUCCACGUUCAACCCCGCCUUGUUCCACUCCUUGCUUAUUCCGGGGGAAAACAAGCCUCUGGAAAUGAUGGUGCUGAAGAAGAUCAAGGAAUUGCUGGCCGAAGGGGAUGCCAGGACUCUCGCCAAGCAUAUCACCCACGUGGAUUGCCUGGUUGCUAGGAUACUGGGGGUUACCAAGGAGAUGCAGAGGCUCAUGGGAGUCAGCUCAGGGAUGGAGCUGCUCACCCUGCCCCACGGACAUCAGCUUCGGCUGGAUUUGUUGGAAAGGUUCCACACCAUGACCAUCAUGAUCGCGGUGGAUAUUUUGGGGUGCACAGGAAGCAUGGAGGAGCGGGCCUCUCUUCUCCACAAGACCAUUCAGCUGGCUGCCGAGCUGAAGAGCACCAUGGGCAACAUGUACAGUUUCGCUGCUGUGAUGAAUGCGUUAGAAAUGACCCAGAUCUCCCGCCUGGAGCAAACCUGGAUGGUUUUACGCCAGCGUUACACAGAAGGCGCCAUUCUGUACGAGAAGACGCUGAAGCCAUUUUUAAAGAGCCUCAACGAAGGAAAAGAAGGACCAUCCUUAUCAAACACCACCUUCCCUCACAUUGUGCCUCUCAUCACUCUUCUGGAAAGAGACACGGCGCUGCCAGACCACCCUGAGCCCUGGGAGAACCUGGACAAUAGUGUGGAGGUGGUUAUGGCCCAUCUGGACGCAGCGCGCAUGGUGGCUCACCACGGGGGACUCUACCACACCAACGCGGAGGUGAAGCUGCAAGGGUUCCAACCACAAGCAGAGCUUUUGGAGGUCUUUAGCACCGAAUUUCAGCUCCGUCUCUUAUGGGGAAGUCGGGGGGCCGAAAGCAGCCAGAGCGAGCGCUACGAGAAAUUUAACAAGGUCCUCACCGCCCUGUCCCACAAAUUGGAGCCAGCAGUGCGUUCGAGCGAGCUGUAGCUGGACAACAGCUUUCCGGCAACGGGGAGGGGGGGGAGAUCUCAAGCGAUGGGACUGUUUGACCGAAAGGGAAGCGGCUGAGCUCACCCACCCCCAAAAGGGACUUUCCAGCAUGAAAUACUGAUAACAAUCACCAGGUUGACUUUGUUCCUGCAAAACUUGACAAUGACUGAGUAACUCCAGGAGACCAUGGCUGAUCGUCCAAACCAGGGAAGACAAUGCACUGGCCAAGCAUGCUAGAUAGCAGCCAUGCAGAUUCGUAUUGAAGAUGUGCAGUGUGAUUCACAAAAGAGGCAAAACUUCCGAGUUAAAAUUCACGACUGGUUCAUAGCCAAGUUUCCUGCCCGGGUUUGAUGCCUCACAGUGGGGUUUGAAAUCAAAAGUGCAAGAAUCUUCUCCCUGCUCCUUCCAUUACUUUGAGGUCCCCCUGUUCUCCGUCACCAUGAAUUGGAAUAGAGAGAUUUCCAACCAGCUUUGAGGGGUCCAGUGGGGCUGAUCAGGGUUUGUUUAAUUCCCCAAAACCUCAGAAGGACUUGGGUGACAAGGCACACCCGCAGGCAGCAAGACAACUCCCAAAUUUAACUUUCCUAUUUUCAUGGGCAUCUCUGAUCAUCACCAACAUUCAUUCUACACCCAACUUAAUCCAUCAACCAUAAGCCGCCCAGCGUAGACCCAUGACAAGAUAGAUAGUAAAUAAAUUUAAUAAUACAUUUUAAACAAUCAGGUAAAGUUUGGCCACUGCCAUCUUUCUUUCCAGAUAUCUAAAGCCUCCAAUUCCAGUCCUUUCAUUGAUGCCAAGUAACAUUCCUUUAUUUUCUUAAAGCCUCUUUUUUUUUUACUUCCUUUCAUGUUAAUGCAGGGAAUGAGGGUUGUUUUGUAAAUCUUUAAAAAAUCCAUAUGGGGUGUACAUGUACGUAUAAAUAUAUAUACAUAUGUAUUCAGGUCUCAUGUGUAAAUAAUUGACAUUGUUCUUUUGGGUCUUGUAAAUGAAUGUACAGAUACAAUGGAGUGUGUUUCCUCAAUUCUUGCAUACA